AUGGCUCUGCUUCUGAGCAUGAUGCCGCUGGCGACCCGCGAACGGUCGAGCCAAGUUCUGGCAAUUGUCAAAUACCGCGAUCUUGUGAGCUCUGACCCGUAUGACAGUUCGGAACAGCAGCCUAGUGCUGAUGAGCCCAACGAGACGUGCCCAGAAGAGAUCGCCUCAAUCCGGCGCCUCAACGAGGGUGCUGUGGCCGGGCCACCUCGCCACCAAGAUUUCUGGGUGUCAGCUUUUCCUCACGCGGCUUCAACUAGCAUCGACGCUGCAGCGGCGCACUUCGACCGGCUCUCCGACUCUCUCGAUGACUUCGUGCAGGCGCUCAUUGCUGAGGGCUCCCGGUGUGCCCUUCCGAUCAAAGACAACGAUGGUAUUUGCAAUCCUAGACGAAUAACGUACCACUUCCAAGGUCAAGAUGGCAAGAGUUCCUGCGUGAAAAAAGCCAACGGAUGUGACCGGAAUGCUCAGAACUUCAAAAAGGAAACCGAUUGUCGCCGCGUGUGCAUUUGCUCACUGUGCAUCACUACUCCACCAAAAGAACAACAAUAUUGCUAUAUUUACGAGAUCUUUCCAGACGCUGUGGCCAUAUACACUUCCAGCAACGACCCAAGCCUGAAGUGUGCGACGGCCGACCGGACAGAAUACGAGCCGAACAGGAAGGUCGUUUACACUUGGAAUUUGAACAGUGGCGAAGAGUCGAAAAAAGACACGUACGUGGUCGAAUAUUACCCAGGUCCUGCACCAGACACGGUAGUUGCCAUUGCUAACCAUGACCAGAAGCAUCCCACUUCAGUCAAGUUUGACUACACCAAUAAUAAGAACUGCGUCGUUGCCAAUUUCCCAUACAAGGGCGAAGUGUGCAUACUGUGGGUCCCGAAAGCAUACGUGUCAUCAGUUCCACAAGAAUGCGUCGACCAAUUUGAAGACAUAUGCGACGACGAAUUUCCAGCCUACCAAGAGGGCCUGUGUGACGACGCUCUCGGUGGUUAAUAAAAUUACACGCACUUCCUGUGCGCUCCACACCU